AUGGAAUAUGCAAACAAGAGGUUGCUGCCAUUAAGAAUGGUGAUGUGCUUGGUGCUACUAGUGGUGUACACCACCAUGAGUUCUUCUACUCAAGCAUGCUCAACCAAUGGUGGAGAUUGCAGGAACUGUAUUGCAAAGGCGAUGAGAAAAGAUUGUCCAAAGUGUGCACCAAUCAUGAGGUGCAUGGCUAGAUGCUUGUGGGCGAAUACACCAAAGUCCAAGUGUGUGAAGCAGUGCGACUGUAAUACUGGAUCCUAUCCAAAACUUUCUGAUUGUAAGAGUUGUUUGUUACAGUGUAAAUGCAUGUGUGCUGUGUAUUAG